CUGGCAAGUAUUUCUGCGUGAAAAAAGCGGCUGCGUUUUAUUUGUUUCUUUCAAUGCAUCGGAGAGAAGCUCGAUAUCGACUUUAAGAGACGUUUAACAAAGGUUUCGGAGUGUCCGUCGUGGUUUUAUUUUUUACUGAGGUGAUGGCACAGCAGAACAUGGAGGCCAAGCUGAAGAACCUGUUGAAACAGGACAAAGUUCAGCUGUGGAAUCCACCCUACACCAGUGAGGACAACCAGCCUGGACAGCAGCAGCUGCAGGAGCUGGCGGAGCACUAUGCGCCCCUGCUGUGUCUGUCAGUGUCAGAAGUCGGGCAUUCUCUGGAGGUCAUCAGAGUGCAGGCAGUGAACAGAGGCAAAGAAAACAAAGUGUUUAGAGAGACGAGCGUCGCUACACUGGAGCUGCUGCUGCCACGAGACAUCAAGAAGGAUCCAAAGUCAAAGAACUUCCUGGAGACGAGGCUGGAUAUACCAACUCAGGACUUGGUGGACAGGAUCAGACAUGAGUUCCAACUGAAACACCUCAAACUGAUCCUCAACGGGAAAACACUGUCUCCAGACGUGCGUUUGGACGAGCAGGGCGUGAAGAACCACAGUAAGAUCAUGGUGCUGAGGCUCAGUGACUCCGAGUGGACGCAGCAGGCCAGCGAGGACAAACUGAAGAACCAGAACGAGAGCCUUCACCGCACCCAGAAAGGGUUCCAGAUCCUGUCAGAGCGAGAUGGCAGUGAAGACCCUGAGACCACGCCCUUCCUGGAGAUCACUGACCAGAAAGGAAACCCGCUUAAGAUCCCCUCUCAGGAGAAGAAGGCGCUGAUCGUUGCCAUGGGUUUCCAUGAGAAAGGCCGUUCGCUGAUGAAGAGGAAGCAGUAUGACGACGCCUUGUGUCACCUGCUGCAGGCCGACCAGCACUUCAGUAAGUGCGGCUCUGUGCUCCUGAGCUCGGUGGAUAACUACGCUGUGCUGCAGCUUGACAUCGUUUGGUGCUACCGCGCUCUGGAGGCGCUGUCCUGCCUGGAGGACGGGAAGAUGAGGCUACAGAGGGCGGAGCAGUGCUUCCUGCAGUGUUAUGGGGAGCAGCAGCAGCGGCUGAUGAUGAUCAAGGGUAACACGGGUCGGGAGGAGGUGCUGUUUCUCAGACUAUACCUCCUGCAGAGCCUCCUCUUCUACAUCGAGGGAAACGACGCUCAGGCCAGACAGCAGCUGUCCAAAGUGGAGACUCUGUACGGACGUCUGUGUCUGGACUCGGAGAAAAUGGCUGAGCUGAUGGCUCUAGGUUUCAGCGAGCGUGAGGCUCGACUUGGGCUCAGGGCGUGUAACGGCGACCUGCAGGAGGCCGCUGCGCAGAUCAUCAACCGCAGACAGGAACGCGAGGAAUUGAAGCAGCGGGAGCGUCGGAAGAGACAGAGUAGGAUGGAGGCCAUCGCCGCCCUCACAGAGCUCGGCUUCUCCAGGAGAGACACCGCCCGAGCGCUUCACGAGACCAGCGGCAACGUGGACCGAGCGUAUGAGAUUCUGCUGGACUGCAGCCAGGCGGCUCAGCUAACCAGUAACAACACAGAGGGUGUGGUCAGUCCAGAAAAGGUGGAGCAGUUGUCUUAUCUGGGAUUUGAGCGGACUGUUUCCGAGGCAGCGCUCAAAUUGACAGGCGGGGACAUCCAAUCGGCGACACAGCUGCUGCUGGACAACCAGGGCAUCCUCUCCCCGGACUUCCUGUCCAUGUCUCCCCCCUCCUCCCUGUCAUCACCAUCCACAGAGGAGCCCAGCACCUCCUCCACCUCCACAGAGGACAGCGAGCUGGUGAACGAGGUGCUGGAAGACAUUUCCCGUCACGAGGAGGAUUACCUGGAUGUGACGCUGGAGGAGGAGAGCGAGCUGAUUGACACCAUGAAGACGUACCUGCACUGGGGAGACGUGCAGACCAUGUGACCUGCAGCUCACCUUAUGAUGUCAUACAGCAGCCCUCGGUGACAUCACACACAUCAUCACCUGGAACCGAUCUGGAUCAAAAUAAUCCACAUGAGGAAGAGUGUCAGAGCAUGUGGGAGAAUAUCACGGUAACACCCCCAACAGGAUCCUGGAACCCGAUCUGGAUCUGCUUUAAAUUGAAGCCACAGGGCACAUGACCUCAUAGAUGUGAACCUGACCCCAGAAAGGUCAAAGAGGCUGCAGGUUUUUCCAGCAGGUGAUUUCACUGAUGGACUCGUCUGUCUGCUGUUCAUCAGUGAAAUCACCUGCUGGAAAAACCUGCAGCCUCUUUGACCUUUUGACCUUUCUGGGGUCAGGUUCACACCUGUGUGACCUGGUGCAGAAAUGUUAAUUUCAUCCUUUAUGAUGCCAUACUUAAAGGGCGUGGCCUGAGUGAAUUUGCUGCACUGUGAUUGGUUAGCGGUAGCUGUGACUGAUGGCUGAUCUCACGUUGAACAGUUCACCUUUGAUCUUUUUUAUGCUAACAGUAGCUCUUUGGUUCCGUUAGGCUGUUGCCUGCGUAUUGCUAACAUUAGCAGCUUGGUACUUUAUGCAUUUGGUGGUUAGCAGAGGAUGGCAGCGCCCCCUAUUCGCUGGAUUCUGGCUUCCUGUCGGUCUUCAUGCUGUGUGGAUCAAAGUCUGGUUUUGGUCAAAAUCUGAGUGUUUCUUCUUUCGUAACGUUACGACUCAUCGGGCGAGUUAGCAAUAAUGCAAAAAUUAUUUUUAUGUAUGCAAAUAGUUUCGUAGCUUCAUAAAAAUAAUGUUAAGUUACGACAUUUGUCAUAUUUUUCCAGACAUUUUGAUGAAGAACUGUUUUGUUUGAGACUUUUCUUUCUUAAGGUGGUUUAUUUGUUUUGGGGAUUUUGUGCAAUGUUUCAGAUGUUUGGUUCAAUUCUGCAGAAUCCAUUUUUUUUUUUUUUUUUUAAUGAAGCCUGUUUAAAAAAAUAAUCCUCUUGAACUUUGAUGUGUUAUUUGAAUUAAAGUGGGGACAAAGUUAUUUAAUGAAAGUGAACUUAAUUAUCUCCAUGAUUAAAUAGUGCAUCAGUA